ACUUCUGCUGGCCUACGGAGAGUGACACGGCCACAAGACUUGAAUUUUUCGCUAUCUGUCCUCAAAACUGGACACAUACACACUUGCCUCGAGGUGAGAAAUUAAAUAUAUCUGAUGCUCAAGCUUUCAGGGCCUGAAGGAAUGAUCUAGAUGGCUUGCAAGCUUCUUAGAAUUCCUGUCCAGUCUGUGAGCUGAGUUCCAAGACCCCAGCCCCUCUGUGCGACCUGCCUACCUCUGCGGACAUCUUUUUCCAGGGAGCCUCGUCCGGGACCACAGCACCGGAAGCAUCCAUAGGGAAGUCCAAAGUGAUUCUCGGGCCCAUGUUCUCAGGAAAAAGCACUGAGCUCAUGAGACGAGUCCGGCGCUUCCAGAUCGCCCAGUACAAGUGCCUGGUUGUCAAGUAUGCCAAAGACACGCGCUAUAGCAACAGCUUCUCUACACAUGACCGGAAUACCAUGGACGCCUUGCCAGCCUGCCUACUCCGGGAUGUGACCCAGGAGGCCCUGAGUGUGGCUGUCAUUGGCAUCGAUGAAGGACAGUUUUUCCCUGACAUCGUGGAUUUCUGCGAGGCUAUGGCCAAUGCCGGCAAGACAGUAAUCGUGGCUGCGCUGGAUGGAACCUUCCAGAGGAAGGCUUUCGGCAGCAUCCUGAACUUGGUGCCCCUGGCCGAGAGCGUGGUGAAGCUGACCGCCGUGUGCAUGGAGUGCUACCGGGAAGCCUCCUACACCAAGAGGCUGGGCCUGGAGAAAGAGGUGGAGGUGAUCGGGGGCGCAGACAAGUACCAUUCCGUGUGCCGCCUCUGCUACUUCAAGAAGUCCUCCAUCCAGCCCCCUGGGCUGGACAACAAAGAGAACUGCCCUGUGCUGGGUAAGCCAGGGGAAGCCUCUGCUGCCAGGAAGCUCUUUGCCCCUCAGCAGGUACUGCAGUCCAGCUCUGCCAACUGAGGGAAGCUGGGCCUGCAGCCAAGGAGCUGUCGGCUCCUUUCCUCUGCCACGGUGUGGACUCAAGAACAGGCCCAGAGGAGGAGCUGGGGCAACUAUUUGAGAAACAUUCUGCCCUGGCGUGGGGCCUGCUGGUCACCUCCUCCCUUCUGGCCCUUUCUUAGUUCCUCCCCCAGCUGCUGGGAACAACCUGCCCCAGGCUAGAGCUGGCUGUGGUCUGGUGGUGUAGGGUCUCGCGUUCCCCACGGGAUGAGGACAGACCUCAUGCAGUUGUGACACUGAGGCUGCUGACUGCUUCCCUGUCCGUGGCUUGCUUUCACUGCUGAGUUUCUGGGCUCGCUGGGAAGUUUGAGCCCCGCCCCACACCAAGGCUCUGUUGCCCCUUUGGCCAUGGUCUGCACUCCGGCCCCCUUGCUACUGCUACUGCGCUUCGUGCUGAAAGCCCCUCCCCCACGCAGUCAUCUCAUCUUUUACCCUGGUGGCUCUGGCUCUGCCAGGCCUCAGACCCCAGGGCUCUGGCUCCUAAAAAGGAGUAGUAGUAGGAGCAGGGCCCAAGCUUCUUUUGCUAUAGCGUAUGAAAUUAAUGAUUAAUAAUAAAGUUUACUACCUGUUGGG